UCUGUCUGUUUCUCAUCCAGCAGUUUGCGCUUCUAUGCUCUAAAACAUCACCAAGGGAAAAGAAUAAUAGUAAGAAAGUCAUGGGAGAAUCGUAUGAAUAACUUGUACGAGGCAGCAACUUCUGUAAGAAAACGCGCGAUCUUGUUUUAUUUCAAUGUUAUAGUUUAAAUUGAUUGAUUUAUUUUUUUUAAACUGAAGUUUUACAACUAACUUAUUAGGACAAGAAACUAAAACAAACAGCUAUGUCAACAUGCAUUUUGGGGGAUGGCGGGAGUUGUAAACUUGCUUUAGGUUAAUUUUUGCAGGUUUUCACGCACACGUAUAUACUUAUCCACGCACCACACCAGCACUAGUGUCCUCACCAUGAGAGCGUUCGGUGCGUCUUUGGGAUGUGUCUGGGUUGUCUCUUGCGGAUACCUGGCGGCGUUGGGGAUUCUUCUUCAGCGGGCAGAGGCGGGGUGCACCGACCGGGAGAACCCCAAAUGCUGCACAGGAAGAAAUAACGAGUGCUUUGAAUUCACAAGUAGAAAGACUGUUUGCUACUGUGACACCUAUUGCCAGAGAACAGGAGACUGCUGCGCGGAUUACCAAGCCGUGUGUCAAAUAUCUGUGCAGAACGCGAGUGCUGGAGAGCUACGAACGGAGUGCUGUAAAGCUAUUGACUGUGUGGUUGGUUCCUGGGGUCCUUGGUCGGAGUGCAGCUCCCUGUGUGGCGGGGGCAGCAAAGAGAGGACCCGGCAGGUCACAGUGCCCCCUCGGAACGGCGGAACGCCAUGCCCGGACCUGAAGCAGAGGCGCGGCUGCUUUGGACACAGCCCUGUCUGCAACGCCGCUGAAGAGGUGGCAAAGAUUCUGCCUGAUUCUUACAAAAGGAACUUCAAGGACCCCUGGAGAAGGCCACACAUGUUGAUAAAGGAAGUGAAACCCAGUUACUGCGUGCACUUCCGGGUGAAGCAGGUGAGCGCGGCGUGUCGGCAGAGCCUCUGGAGCAGUCAUCUGCUGAGGGAGAGGUCUGUCUGUGUCGAGUGUCACGGAGAAGCCAUGGGCAGCAGGAGCCGCUGUGAAGGGGACGGCCUGGAAGCUACGAGGACGUUCUGGACUGCAGCCUCUGUCCCGGGCUGCCAGGGCUCGUGGGUGCGGGAGUCCUCUCGAGAGCAGUGCAGGUGUCCACAGCACUCAUUCAUCUUUGUAUAAGCUUGUCUCGCUGAAAUCCACAGGACAGCUCCUGGAUGAUGAGGAAUCCUGCCAGCCAGCAAGGACUCGGCAACAGCACGACUAGAGAGAGCAGAAGUAUGAAGGAAAAGUCUUCUCUUCCUGCUACACGCCUUCAUGUAAAUCUCAUAUAAUAACUUUUCUCACAAAGCGCACAAACAAAACAUAGAUUUCGCCACGUAAAUGUGUAUUUUUUUCUCAAAGCACAAAAAAAAUGUCUAUAAGUCUUUUUACCUCUGAAAAUCUGCUCUCUACCUCCAUAUAUGCAGAUGCAUUUGAAAGAUGUAUUAUUUUGCUUUCUACAUUUUCUACAUUUUGUGUUCAUGGUUUUGUAUAAGUGGUCCUGUUUUUUAGAAGCCAUGCCCUCCCAUGGUAUCAGUAUUUCAGUGUUCACAGACUUUGUGUAACUCCGGUUAGAACAGCAGCUGGGCAAGGCGAGAGAGAUCCAGCAGGCAGCAGAGAGGCCAGGCUUGCAGAUUAGUGCUGUUCAAGCAAACACUGGUCAUGAAAUUGGUUUGGGAUGUGACCUACAGUAUGUGGUGCUCUAGUAGCUUUUAAAUAUCUCACACCUCCCUUACACUAACAGCCUGACUGAUUUCACAAGCUCAUUUUCAAUUGAUUCAACACCCCUCUUAGGGGAGCAUAUGCUAGUAAUACAGACCACAAACCUGGUGUCUUUACAUUUGGUACACGGCUGUAUUCUAUGAUACUCUCAAUCAAGUUGCAUUACUGGGGCUGUCCACAUGAUAAUGUUUCACUGAAGUCAUUUUAACCUCUGGACAGAUUGAUGUCACAUACUACUCACUUACUCAGUCAGAUAUACCAUUUCCUUUAAAUGGCGCUCUCCUGAGUUCCUUCGUUCUCUCCUGAGUUCCAUGGCACUCUCCUGAGUUCCUUCGUGCUCUCCUGAGAUCCUUCAUGCUCUCCUGAGUUCCAUGGCGCUCUCCUGAGUUCCAUGGCGCUCUCCUGAGUUCCAUGGCGCUCUCCUGAGUUCCAUGGCGCUCUCCUGAGUUCCGUGGCGCUCUCCUGAGAUCCUUCGUGCUCUCCUGAGUUCCAUGGCGCUCUCCUGAGUUCCAUGGCGCUCUCCUGAGUUCCAUGGCGCUCUCCUGAGUUCCAUGGUGCUCUCCUGAGUUCCAUGGUGCUCCUGAGCUGUUUUGCUGAUUUGAAGUUACCCUGCUCUCUCCUUGAUGCAGGGCAGGUCUCUUCCUGGGAUUCCCUCGAUGCACUCAUCCCAGUCUGUCACUGGUGUUAUCUGACACAUGACCUGAUGCAGGCUGGAGAGUGUGUCAGGCUGCUCAACUACCGUGCUGUACAGCAGACCCAGAUAAUGCUGCUUGAUGUCUGAGAGUUUCCAUAUACCCUGUCCGUUCUGUAGUGGCUACUCCAACUUUUGCUCAGACGCCAGCACUACAGUAGCUUGAGAUUGAGUUAAACAUCCUUAAUAUCUUUCAAGCCAACCCACUGCUGUACUCAAAAAAAAUCAACUUCGAUCUACAUUAGGGGCUUAUUUAUUUUCAGGAUUUUAAAUGAAGCAAUGAUACUUGAAAUAUUGUAGCCAACUUUGAUCCAUUGUCCAUUAGAGUAUAAAAAACAAACAAACGUUCAUCUUUAUCAGAAUAUGUGUUUCCCACUUUAUACACACACACACACACACACACACACACACACACGCUGUUUUAUUCCCAUCUGACUCUUUAGCUAACAUAAAGCACUCAAAACGUCCAUCGUUAGGCUCUUCCUUGCUUGUUAUCUUGUUCUCUUCCUUCUCAUUCCAGUGUAAACAUGCCUGUUUCUAUUGUCUGUGCAGCGUAUGUAUUGCUUCUCCAGCACUGAUUGGCUCUGUGCUGGGACUGGUCGUUCUACAAGGCUGAUAAACAGAGAGCAGGGAAGGUUUUUUUUAUGCUACCCUUAGCUUUUCAAGCAGUUUUUUAAAUAGUGUGGAGGGAAAAAAAAAAAACACUGCAAAGGGCAGGAAGACUAAACGAUUUGCUUGUAAGUAAUAUUUGAACGCCUUUAGUUUAACUCCCAGUGUCUGACUCUAACCAGAGAUGAUGUGGUAAUGUUCCAUAAUCAGGAGUCUUCAGUUACUUCACAGUCCAGCAGCCCUCCAAGUACCUCUCACCAGGUUCGGCACUCAGUCUGGCCACCUCAAGAGAGUUCCUAAUAUUUAGAAUGACGCCCUCAAUGUUACAGUACCUCCAGACUUCUCAACAGCACCUCUCUUACUUCAUUAAUAGCCCACCCUGAAGUCUUUUUGGGGAGCAUUAAAUAUCCCAUAUUGCUCAAUUCUUGUGUAAGACAUAAAAUAUUACAUUUUUUUGUUUUCUUUGCUUACCUACCUUUUAUUCUUUGUUUUAUAACUCUAGUAUUGUAUGUAUAUAUCAAAUGUAUCUGUGACUCUAAAGCACUAAAGCGGUAAUGAUCCAUCACACCUGGUUAUACUCAGUUCAGACACUCAGUUUUUAUGUUAGAAUUAGUUUAGUGCUAGAAUUUCAAUAAUACAUUGUGCAUUUACUUGUGUAGUAUUGGUCUU